AUGAAUGAGAACUUAAUUGUGGUAAAGAGAAUGAAGGAAGUUCUAACUCUGAAUAAACCGUGCUAUGUGGGAAUGAGCAUCUUGGACUUGUCUAAGACUCUGAUGUAUGAUUUCCAUUACAACACGAUUAAGAAGGAGUACGGUGAUAAGUCGAAGCUUCUAUUCACAGACACCGACAGUCUAAUGUAUGAGAUUAAGACUGAUGACGUGUAUGAGGACUUCAAGAGGAUCGGCGAGGAGAAGGACUGUUGGGACAACUCAGAUUAUCCGAAAGAUUCUCCAUAUUACUCAGCUCAUAAUAAGAAGGUAAUUGGAAAGUUUAAGGAUGAAGCUGGAGGAGUACCAGUGAUUGAAUUCGUUGGUUUAAGGUCGAAAAUGUACUCCUACGUAAAGGAAAGUGGUGGAGGUGGAAUGACCGCGAAAGGUGUGAAAAAGUACGUGAUUAGAAAUAAACUCACUCACGAAAACUUUAAGAACGUAAUCAAGACGAGAGGUUUGAUGAGACAUAAGAUGAACACAAUCCGAAGCAUCAAACAUAAAAUCGGAACUUAUGAACUGAAGAAAAUCACACUCAGCUGUUUCGAUGACAAAAGAUACCUACUUGAAGAUGGUGUUACAAGUUACGCGUACGGACACCACUCAAUAGGAGAAAUGAACGCUGAGGUGGUGAUUGAAGAAAAAGUUGAACCGAGCUGUGUAACAGUAAGAGCUGAACUUGAAAGUGGAAACAACAGACUUGAAAAAGUAUUGGAACUCUACGAAGGACCUCCCUGGGAAAAUCCAGAGAAACGUAUUCCCAGACCAGAGCAUAAAGUAGUGAUUCCACUGAAGAGGUUCAAGUUCAAGAAACAAACACCAUUGAGGGUAGUCGUAACUGAUGAGAAUCAUCUAAGGAAAAACUACGACACACUACCAAAAGAAGAAAAAGGAUUCUUGAGAAUGGUGUUGGGUGAGAAAGCGAAGUCACUUGGUGUUCAAGUUAUAAGAACACCAGGAAGUGAUAAGUUGAAUGUAAUUGGAUAUUAGGUAAAUCGUAAAUAAAGAAUUUAUAGAUUAGAUGAAAAUUGAUUGAAAAAUAUUGCAAGUAAAAAUGAGUUAAAAAGACCACUGAAAAUAAGAGCCCUUUUUCUAGACCAAAAACUGAGCCUGCGGUUUCUGGUCGAAAUGGUCGAAACCGCUGACCGGAAGUGAAGAGAAUCGCGGGCCGAAAAAGUGGUCUAGAAACCUCAUUCCCUAUACUACUUAUACAUAAAACAUAACAAGAUUCUUAGCUGGAUAUUACUCUGUCAUCCAGGAUGUUUCAUCUUCGCUUAUUAAGGCUUUAUCGACUCGGCAAAUUCAAAUUUUAAGCCGAAACAUCAAAGGUCAUCAAACACGUGCAUUCUCAAAAUUCACGAAUGA